UCCAUUUGUGGUCCGUGACAUUGAUAGGGUUGUCUUCGUCCUGUAAAUGUAAUAGCUGGCACAAGGUUUUAGCUUAGCUAGGUCAAUCUCUCUCCUCUUCUCCCGCUUUCUUCCCUCCCACACCCUUCCCUCUCUUUCUCUCUCCUCAUCUCUUUCUUUUUCUUUUUUUUUUCCUUUUUUGUUUCUUUCUGUUUAAAACAUAUUACCCCUUUGGUUUGAUUAUCCGUUGACUUGGGCAAUUUGCAGUCUUUUAUGUCCUAGGGUUUUGUGAUUACAAGAACAAAAAUCAACAAUGUGGUUCCAUAUUUGUGUUUGAUCAAAUACCCAUUUGAAAAAAGUAACCAGCUUUGGAUUUUUAAAACCCAAGUUUUUUUUUUCAAGUGGAAGUAGAAGAUCUAAUUGGAAAUGAGCGCAUCUAGGUUCAUCAAAUGUGUCACAGUUGGUGAUGGUGCUGUGGGUAAAACUUGUAUGCUAAUUUCUUACACCAGCAACACUUUUCCUACUGACUACGUACCCACAGUUUUUGAUAACUUCAGUGCUAACGUCGUGGUUGACGGUAACACAGUCAAUCUAGGUUUAUGGGAUACUGCAGGUCAGGAAGACUACAAUAGGUUAAGACCUUUGAGCUAUCGUGGAGCAGAUGUUUUUAUCUUAGCAUUCUCGCUAAUCAGCAAGGCUAGUUAUGAAAAUGUUGCCAAAAAGUGGAUUCCUGAGCUGAGGCACUAUGCACCUGGUGUUCCAAUAAUUCUCGUUGGAACCAAACUAGAUCUUCGGGAUGACAAGCAGUUUUUCGUAGAUCAUCCUGGUGCAGUUCCAAUUUCAACCCAACAAGGAGAGGAGCUGAGGAAAGUUAUUGGCGCUCCUUACUACAUAGAAUGUAGUUCGAAAACUCAACAGAAUGUGAAGGCGGUUUUUGAUGCGGCCAUUAAGGUUGUCCUGCAGCCACCGAAAACCAAGAAAAAGAAAAAGAAGGCGAAAGGAUGUUAUAUUUUGUGAUUAGGCAAAGUUUAGAAGGACAUUAACUUGCCAGUUUCUUGUGUUUCAUCCUAAUUUUUAAUCAAUUAUUAUCAUGUGUUGAGUUUUAUUUCUGCUUUUCAGAGGAAACAGUAGUCUCUUGGUGUAUAGUUUCAACUGACACAGACAUCCCAAAGUUGUCUUCCAAAAUUGAAUCUUUUAUGUAGGGAAUUAUUACCUUGCUCAA